AUGAAAUUCUUCGUUUGCGUCCUUUCUUUGGUUGUUGCCUUGUUGGCACCUGCACAGGCCACAUUUGAUGUAAUUGCUAGUGUACCUUUGGCAGGAGGGUAUGCUGGCGGCUAUAGCGCUGGAUAUGGUGGAAGUUAUGGUGGAGGCUAUAGUGCUGGAUAUGGCGGCGGAAGUUAUGGUUAUGGUGGCAAUUAUGGCGGUUAUGGUCCCAGCUAUGGCAAUAAUGUUAAAGUUGUCAAGGUGACUCUAGUUCCCAGCGGUUCAUAUGGAGCUGGAUCUUACGGUGCCGGAUCGUAUGGUGUUGGUUCAUAUGGUGCUGGAUCGUAUGGUGUUGGAUCUUAUGGUUACGGUGCUGCUGUGGCUCCUGCAACUACUGCCGUUACCACACCGGUCGUUACUGCCGUUACUACCCCCGUAGUAACCUCAACUGUUGGUGCUGCAUAUACCGGUGCCGGUUCAUAUGGUGUUGGAUCUUAUGGUGCUGGAUCAUAUGGUUAUGGCAGUAAUAUUAUUCCUUCUUACGGUUAUGUCUAUGGCAACAGCUUCGGACAGGGUUAUGGAGCAGCUGCGGGAUGCCUUUAA